CGAAUGGAACCACACAGCUGUGAGCUUUUUCAGAUCGUGAGAUGACAGAAUUGAGAGGUCGCACUGUGUUUCUGUGUUUCCUUGUCUCCCUGACAUUAUUUUCCUUAGCCAACUCCUCCAGGUCUGGGAAGUUUUCCCAGAAAUCUGUGGGAGUGGAAGAUGGCAUCAGGCGACUGUGCACAGAGGAAGUUCGCUCAUGGUCUGAUUUGUUUUCACCUGAUCGUCUGGAUGCCUGGAUCUGCUCUGUAAUUGGCUCACUUCUGGUGGCAAUGAGUGGUGUGUUUCCACUACUGGUAAUUCCUAUCAAGGCUGGUGCAGCACUAAAAUCAGAAGAAGGCUCUCAGAGACUGAAACUGCUGCUCAGCUUUGCAAUUGGGGGUUUGCUGGGAGACGUGUUCUUGCAUCUCCUACCUGAGGCUUGGGCUUAUUCCUGCAGUGCAGCAACAGGUGGAACACAAAGCUCUCAGCAGCAGAAACUUCUUGGACUGUGGGUAGUUAUUGGGAUUGUGACAUUCCUUGUCCUAGAGAAAGCAUUCACAAAGAAUAAUGUCGAGCUAGUUAAGGAACGGAAGCCAACACCAUCAACACAGUCUAAAAAUGGGGGUCCUGUUUUGAAUGGAUGCCAUUUUGUGAAGAAGAGUUCAGUCAUUAAAAGUAGGAAGUCAGCAUCUUCAAGGAACCAGCUUGGCAAUGGUGCCUCUCGAGACUCAGCAGUUCCUGCUCAGCCAACUCAAAGCAUCAAGAUCAGUGGUUACUUGAAUCUUCUUGCUAACUGUAUCGAUAAUUUCACUCAUGGAUUGGCUGUCGCAGGGAGUUUUCUGGUUAGCAAAAAGGUUGGAUGUUUAACAACAAUGGCUAUUUUGCUUCAUGAAAUCCCUCAUGAGGUGGGUGACUUUGCCAUUCUUCUGAGAGCAGGGUUCGAUCGCUGGAGCGCUGCCAAGAUGCAGAUAGCCACUGCACUAGGAGGUGUUCUUGGGGCCUGCUUUGCAAUGUGUUCACAGUCACCCAAAGGAGCAGGGGAUACGGUGGCUUGGAUACUGCCUUUCACAUCAGGAGGGUUUAUAUACAUUGCUUUGGUGAAUGUAGUACCUGAUCUUCUUCAGGAGAGGUCCCUAUGGAACUCUGUGCGACAGACAUUACUCCUUUGCACUGGGAUUGCUGUCAUGUACCUGCUGUCUGUUAUAGUGGAAUGAGCUGUACGUUAUCCCUUUUAAUAAAAACACUGAUAUCUUGCUCAUGGCAGUCAGAGAAAUAACACUCCUCCAGUAGACUGUGAAAGUUUUCCAUGCCUACACAUCUUCUGUCACAUGCAGUAGCAUACAAAAGAGCCGCACUGGCUGGACGCCAACAUGACACUAGAGCCUUUCCUGCCUCAGAAGACAUCUGGACAUUUAUCACUACUAGCAGCUCAAAUCCUAGAAGAACACAGAUAUAGUAACAAGUUUCAAGGAGAACAACAGUCACAGCCUGCUUAUUCCUACAGAGACAUUCAGCUGAUGAACUAAUUGUGACAUCACAGGAAAGGAAAACACUCUUCACUAAAUCUCUUCAUGUCAAGGCUUUAGCAUCUCUGGUUAUAAGCAAACAAAAUACCUCUACCAAUGAUGUGAUGAGCAUAACAUUUCAAUGUCCAUUUAUUGUUUUCUGUUGCACCGUGACAUUUUUUACUAUUAUUGUUUCAGAUUUUUAACUGGUGCUUUUAUACAUAUUUUUCUUCUUCAAUGUAAGAAAUUAACGAGCAGUACUGUAGCCUCCAAGAUGCUUAGAAAGGCAGGAAUGCAUAUGUGUGUGGAUUAAAUGGUACCAUCAUAGAUGCUGCCUUUUCACUAGGUGCUGUCACAUUAAUAUAUUUUCUGACUCCUCUUUCUUGAACUGUUUCGCUGAGAGACUCUUGGCCAACUGCCAGCAUUCAUGGUGCUUACUCCAAACAGUGCAUUUACUGCUUGAGUAGCAACUUCUGUUGCUGUCAUCAUGUAAAGCACUAAGUUUGUGCAGCCUUAAGCUCUCAUUUAUUCUUAAUCUAAUUGCAAGAAUUACAACAGGCUGAAGCUCUCUGGGUUUUGUCAGCCUUUUCACAUCAUAAGAUUUCCAACGUGAAUGUCUUAUUUUAUUCUUAAUGGUUAGUGUCACUAUUGGCUUUGACAUGGGUCUGUAAUAAAAUAACAGAUCUCAUCUUGUUAAGAUGCAAAACAUUGUAACUGUAACGUAAUAAGUGCAACAAACAACUACAAAACACGUCAGUUGUUUUCACUAAUGUGGGGCCUAUGCCUCCAUAUCACUGAUUUUUAUAUGUAUACUGUCUCUGAGAUUACAUAGAUUUGUGGAAAAGGGAAAAGUUAAGAACAAAAGAAUAAUUCCCAAAGAUAUUCAAAACAAUGUCGGGAACUAAUUACAAAAAAGUAAUCUUUUCAUCUUUCUUUGAGUAAUGCAACUACGUGCUAAAGUAUGGCACCUGCAUCAUACUAAGACUUUAGUGACUUGAGAAAAUGAUCUUAAAAGUGGUAUUUUAAGAUUCAGCAAAAGACCACAUGAUAAACUGUAAUUCUCCCCUGUGAUUCAGUUUUGGCUGUGACCACAAGUGCUAACAGCUGGAAAUGUUCUUACUCAUAGAAUCACACUGAGAUUAUUACAGCAUAAAAUUGCAUGGCAGCUUUCCAUGGGGAUGGGCAUACACUAAAUGAUGAUGCAGCUCAAGAAAGUGGAUGGCAUUAUUUUUCUAACAUUUUCACUUUCGUAGCUGAUGCUGGAGAAAAAAUUGUGCUUGGAAUUUGUUACAGGCACAAGAGAAUGACUACCUGAAUUUGAACUUACUGUACCUCUAUGCAAUUUAUAAUUCAUGUGACCAAAUGAUGCAACAUUGGCAUUCCAGAUGCAUCUGUGAAAACAAAGUUAAACUUAUUUUUAUAGUUGUCUCUCCUUGCUGUUUUUGCUGGAGUCAUACAACCAUGCAAAGGUGUAAGAGAAUCCACCUGUUCCCGUGCCACCUGUAGGUAGAACCACACCAGCAACUAAGCUGCAUGCAGCUGUUGUUUACCUACAGUAAUUCUCAAAUUAUAGCAUACCAUGAAUCUUAGACCCAUUUAUUUAUUGAAUCACAAAAAUUGAGAAGUUUCAUUAUAAAAAAAAAAAUCACUUCACCCAAUUUCAUAUACAUACAUGUAUUGUGUGCUUUACAGUCUCUCUUUUUUUACACAGCCUUACUGGACUUCUGUUUCCUAGCACAACUUUCUUGGACUAAUUUAAUGAGUAUAAUAAACCACUUCAGCAUACAUAUUGAAAGAUUUUGAUGCAGUUAUAGCUUUACUGCAAAUGCAUACCCUUUUGUUGUACAUGUAUUGUGGCACACAUGUAAACAUACAUUCCAUGUUUCAACUGGAAUUUGAAAUGGGCUUCUUUUAAAUACUUUUGCUGCUACAAAACUAGUUGCACCACUAAAGCUUUGUGCCUUACCAGACUCCCCCCUCCUCCACCCUCCGAUAUUGGUUAAAACACCUUGCUGAAUUCUUUGUUUUUUGUUACCUGUCUUUUCUUGGUUUUUACUUGCUUAUUUUUAUUUAUGUUAAACACGGCAGAUGCAUUUUGAUUCUGGGAAGUUAGAACAAGUUAGAAGCUGAUAUAUUCCAUGCCUGGAUUCACCUGCAUUCAGAGUGGCAAUAUAUACUAACACAUUUCUGCGGUUUCAUCUGCUUGAGUUUUCUUUUAAAUGCUUAGUUUUUUAACCUUUAAGUGGAUGGAAAACAUCAAAAAUAAGUUACUGUUCAUUGUUGUGUUCAAUACACAAAAGUGUACAUCUGUGGUGCACUGAGUAGAAAACCGUUGUUUCUAAGGCAGGCAUGACAGUAGUGGAGCCAGGCAAUGGCCAUACUGUUUUAGAAAAUUAAUAUAGUGUUCCUCCCUGAUAGAAUAUUUUUCUUAUAGAUUUUAUCAAAUAAUGUUAUAUAUUUUAUUUUUCUUGUAAAUACAUUUUGCAUGGAAUUUGUAUAGAGAAAAUAUAUUUAACUGAACCAAGUUAAA